UAGCUACCACCAAAGUGAGGUAAAAUUUUACAGAAGUGUUUCAGAGGACCUUCAGAGAAGGGAGGAUGGUAUUGUGGGGAGGAGUGUGGUUUUGCAGCUUAAAAAAACGGACAGAGAGCCCCGGACUUCCUGUUUGCUGCUUUAUCACAGAGCUCAGUGCUGAGGAGUGUUUGAAGAGCUCUCUCUGACUAAAGGAACAACAAAGACGGACCCUCUUCCUUCUUAUUUUAUCUGCAGCCCACUUGGUAAGAUGUGCGGGCGCUGCCUUUCGCUGCCUUUCUGAUGAUCAAUCCCACCUGCACUGAGGCCUUUGAAGAGAUGUCCUAUUGUUACAUUCUGGAUGGGAUUCUCAUCCUAUACGGGAUCAUCCUGACAGUCUUAUACUGCCGGCUGAGGAUGUGUACGUUCCAGAAAGCCCCUGCCGCAAACCCUCAGAAGAAGCCGGCUGAGGGGGGCAUCUAUGCGGUGAGACUCUUUCUAAAGCUUAAACAGACUUUUAAAAAGGCACAUGUCGGGAAAGUGACAGAUUCCCACACAGCAGAUGGGUCUGACCUCCCAUAGCACCGACGUCUAUGAGACCAUCAGAACAGAUAAAAAGGCGUUUGUGUGAUUACAGAAGUUUUGUUGCCGAGAGGACGCCGGCAGAUGAUCAGUGUGCCAAACCUCUUCAAGCUUUAUACUGUAUAUUAAGUAUGUGUGUUUGCAUAGAGUAUCUAUUCAAGGAUCUUCCUUCUUCUUUUGUAAAAAUAAUUCUGCUUUUAUUUAACACAUAAUAACAACAACAAAUACUGUCUCUCGCUAUCUCUCUCUCUCUCUCUGUGUGUGUGUGUGUGUGUGUGUGUGUGUGUGUGUGUGUGUGUGACGUGCAUGUCGCUCUCUGUUUCACAACUCUUUUUUGAAAGCUUCCAGAAAAACAGAAGUCUAAUUUGGUCUUCUGGUUUUGUUUGGUGUUCCUUUUUUGUUAAGAAGAAGUAGUCCUUCUUUUAAUAAAUCAUGUAUCUUAACUUAUCCAGGGUGAAACAAAAAGGACUAGUGUUUUUUAAAUAAUAAAAAGAAGUAUAACAAGUUAGAAAAUAUGAAAAAAGCUUGUCAAAAUAUCUCAAAGUCACAUUCUUCCUUUAAAAAACAAUCUCACAGAUCAUCAGAUGUCAAGUUUUUUCUUUUCGUUUUGUUUUAGUUGACUAAGAAAUAAAACAGCUAAACUUCAUGUAUGGACAUGUUUCCGCUAGCUUUCAUAACAGUGAGUACAUGUAUGUGAGCUUUUUGUGGGAAAUUCUGUAUUUAAUUAUUUUUCAAACAAGAAUCCUGAAGCUGAAUUGUUUGUUCAUUUCUUAAAGUUGUGAAAAAGUUGUACUAUCAAAAUGUUCAAAACAUAAAUGAAAUAUCAGAUAUUUGAUAUCAUUUUUAGAAAAAGUUUAUUUCUGCAGUUUUUCUCGUGAUUAAAUAUCUAUAGCAACAUUUUUGUAGUCACAGUUUUUGUUGGUAUGCUUCAUGUUAAUGACAGAAAACAGUGACAUUGUAACUUUAAAUGAUGAUUUGUAAUCUUCCAUAAUAUAACCUGGAAUAAACAUCACCUUUAACAACA